AUGAGGGCCAUCGGCGUUGGUAUAGUCGCGUGUUUUUUUCUGAUAUGGGCCAACUUGACUAAUGCUGGUAGCUCGCAUACCAAUAACUGGGCUGUGCUCGUAUCCACAUCACGGUUCUGGUUUAACUACCGGCAUAUGGCCAACGUGCUAAGCAUGUACCGAACUGUGCGACGGCUAGGGAUCCCGGACUCGCAGAUCAUCCUUAUGCUGAGUGACGACGUGGCAUGCAACUCCAGAAAUCUCUUUCCUGGAGCGAUCUUCAACAACGCAGAUCGCGCGAUAGACCUGUACGGACAGUCUGUGGAGGUGGACUACCGUGGCUACGAAGUGACCGUGGAGAAUUUUGUGCGGUUGCUCACUGACCGCUGGGACGAUGUGCAGCCCAAGUCGAAGCGGUUGUUGACGGACGAGAAUUCGAACAUCUUUAUCUAUAUGACAGGGCACGGAGGAGAGGACUUCCUCAAGUUUCAGGACGCAGAAGAGAUUUCGUCGUAUGACCUUGCCAACGCGUUUGCCCAGAUGCACGAGAAAAAGAGGUACAAUGAGAUUUUCUUUAUGAUUGAUACCUGCCAGGCAAAUACGAUGUACUCGCGAUUCUAUUCUCCAAAUGUACUAGCUGUGGGCUCGAGCGAAUUGGACGAGAGCUCUUAUUCUCACCACUCAGACGUGGAGAUAGGUGUUGCAGUAAUUGACAGGUUCACAUACUACACCCUUGAAUUCAUGGAGCAGAUCCAGAAGAACUCCACUCUAACGUUACAGAAUCUAUUUGACUACUACACAUUUGAUAAAGUUCACUCUCAUGUCGGUGUGAGGAAAGAUCUGUAUACAAAAGAUCCAGCAGACGUUUUAAUCACCGAUUUUUUCGGUAACAUUCAAAAUAUAAUUCUCGAUGACAGUGAGAUAGAUGGUGAAACUCCAGCUGGACUUACGGAAUCUGGCCGGACUCGCAAUCUGCUAGAAUUCGCAAAAGCGAAAUUUUUUGCCAAUGUAGACGCAGAGACUAAUGGCACGCAUAAAAACGUGAUUCCAAGCUAUCCAGUGGUAAAUGAGGAUUUACUAAGUGGGGAAACAAAUGCAUCCACAAACAAAAUGAUAAAAUUGUGGGGCAUUAUCAUCUUCCUGGCACUAACGUCAUUAAUGAUGAAGUACGCCAACACUGAAAACAUAUCGGGUAGUCGAGCACUAUAUAGUUUCUCUUAG